AUAAGUUUAAUCUGUGAUAAGCUUUAUUUGAAAACAGCUGAUGGUUGAUGAUGAAUGAGUUAAUUUAGGAAUUGGAUUUUUAAUAAAGAUAUUGCUAUAAGUGUGAAUUCUAAGGAUGGCGGAAAUACAAACUCUUGUAGAGAUGGGUUUCUCUAAAGAGAGAGCGGAAAAAGCUCUAGCGAUCACAAAUUAUAAGGGUGUUGAACCUGCCAUGGAAUGGCUGUUGGCACAUGCUGAUGAUCCUGGAAUGGAGAGUGGCCAAACUGUUGGUGGGCAAACACUUGCCAGUAAUACAAACUCCGCUUCGACAUCAGUUACUGAAUCAACAACAGAGAGCAAGCCGGAAGAAGCCAAAUCCUUUAAGUGUGAUGAGUGCGGGAAAUUGUUUAAAAAUCAGGAUGAAAUGGAGUUUCAUGCGGCGAAAACAAAUCACAGUAGUUUCUCAGAGUCUACAGAGGAGAAGAAACCAUUGACAGAGGAAGAAAAGAAAGCGCAAUUAGCACUACUUGAAGAGAGAAUGAAACAGAAAAGGAAAGAACGAGAGGAAAAAGAAAAGGCAGAAGCAUUGGAAAGGGAACGUCUUCGCAUUAAAUCUGGUAAAGACCUCCAGGAUGCACGGCUGAGGUUACAAGAGCAGGAGAUGCAGAAACUUGUUGAGCAGCGUCGUCGGGAGAAAAUUGAAGACCAGAAAGCAAGAGAACGUGUUCGAGCACAAAUUGAAGCUGAUAAACAGGCUAGGAAACUGGCUGCAUCAGGUCAGACAGCUCCACCGCCAGUUGCUACGCCCCCACCGGCGCCUGCUGCUGCACCAGCACCCAAGGUCUCAUAUGACCAGGCAAGGAUCCAGCUCCGACUACCUGAUGGAAAAGCUUUAGCUCACACAUUUGGAGCCAAGGAACAACUCGCUGCUGUUAGAUUGUACCUGCAAAUGAAUGCUCGGGAAUUCGCACAAGAUGACAGUUUCAAACUUAUGACAACAUUCCCAAAGAAAAUCUUUACUAGCGAAGAUUACGAGAAACCUUUGGAAUUAUUAGGUUUGGUACCAUCGGCUGUGAUCAUAGUGUCAAGAGGCCAAUAAGUAAAAAAAUAAUCUUGCUACAGUUACCUGUUUAUCAAUUUGAGCAGUAUGGGUUUAUAUGGGUGCGACAGGUAUUAACAUAAACAGUAACAAUAAAGUUUGUGUAUGCA